AUGACUACCCCAAUUAAGAAAGCUACUGACGUUUAUUUCACUUUAAACAAUGGAAUCAAAAUUCCAGCCCUUGGUUUGGGUACUGUACCACCAGAUGAUCCAAGUGAAGUUAAGGAUCAAGUGGUCACAGCAAUCAAAGCUGGUUAUCGUUUAAUUGAUACUGCUUGGUAUUAUGGUACUGAAAAAUAUGUUGGUCAAGCUUUGAAAGAAGUAUUUGAUGAAGGUGUUGUCAAGAGGGAAGAUGUCUUUAUCACCACCAAAGUGUGGCCCUCUUUUUGGCACAGUCCUGAAAAGUCGUUGGACAUUUCAUUGAAAACACUUGGUUUGGACUAUGUUGACUUGUUUUUGCAACAUUGGCCAGUUGAAUUGCAUGGUGAUGAAAAUGGUGAACCAACUGCUCCCAAGGACGAUAAAGGAAAUUUGCUUUAUGAUGAUGAUCCAGCAACUGGUACUAAAUUCAUUGAAGUUUAUCAAAGUUUGGAAAAGAUUUUGGAUAACACCAAAAAGACUAGAUCAAUUGGGGUUUCCAACUAUUCAUUGCCCAAAAUACGUCAAUUGUUACCCCAUGUGAAGCAUGUUCCAGUUGUUAACCAAAUCGAAUAUCAUCCUCAAUUACCACAACAAAAUUUAGUUGACUUCUGUAAUGAACACAAGAUCAUUAUUGAAGCUUAUUCACCAGUUGGUGGUACAGGUGCCCCAGUUUUGAAAUUACCUUUGGUUCAAGAAUUGGCCAAGAAGUAUGAUGUUUCCACUAAUGAAAUUGUUGAUGCUUAUCAAAUCUUGAAUGGUAGAAUUGCUAUUCCAAGAUCUUCAAACUUGGAGAGAAUCAAAUCGAUUGUUAAUCUACCUGAUUUGAGUGAGGAAGAAUUGGAUGAAUUGUAUCAAAUUGGUGUUAUUAACCCAACAAGAUACACUAAUGAUCCUUGGGGCUAUGGAUUAGGAUUCCGUUGGUGGGAAGGAGACACUUUAAGUAAAGAGUUCGAUUAG